AUGGGAUACAAGGAGGACAAGGUCGCCUUUGUGUCGCACGCGACAGGCGGGUCCGUAACACACAUCAACCUCGUCUGCGCGACCGCCCUCACCACCUAUGCCCUGUGGACCGUCGCACAGAGGCGAAUGCUGUCCAAGCUGCCGUCGAACUCGCUCAAAACGCCUAUCCUCGAGGUCCUCAUCCUCGUCCUCCCCCUCCUGCUCGCCCUCACCCUCUUCUCCGCCCGCCCACUCCUCCUCAAUGCCAUCCUCAUUCUCCUCACCCUCGCCUGGCACCUCCAGCCAACCCCUCUCGGCUCUCCACCGCUCUCUCCCAAACUCGAAAAGUCCCGCCGACACUCUCGGAUGCCCUCCCAGAUCGACUUGAAGCCCUUCUCGAGACCGUUCGUCACCAGUUACAGGGCUAUCAUGAUGGUCAUGACGGUUUUGUGUAUCUUGGCGGUCGACUUUCCCGUCUUCCCGCGCGAGUUUGCGAAAGCAGAGACUUGGGGAACUUCGCUCAUGGACCUCGGCGUCGGAUCAUUCGUCUUCUCCCUCGGCCUCGUCUCCGCCCUCCCUCUCCUCCGCUCACACUCUUCGUCGCCAUCCGCUCGCACACGCCGCUCGUACUUCUCCUCCGUCUUCCGCUCGAUCCGGAAGUGUCUGCCCCUCGUCGCGCUGGGCAUAGUCAGGGUAGUGAUGGUCAAAGGCGUCGACUACCCCGAACACGUAACGGAGUACGGCGUACACUGGAAUUUCUUCUUCACGCUUGCGUUGUUGCCGGUCUUCGGGACUGCGCUGGAAGGGCUGGCGGGGAAGGUGGAUAUGCAUGUUGUCGGGUUGGCUGUGGGAGUUGUCCACCAACUCGCGCUGAGCUGGACGCCUCUCCAGCACUGGGCGCUUGAAGCUUCCCGCACGACGCUCAUCUCGCAGAACAAAGAAGGAAUCGUCUCAUUCCCCGGCUAUCUCUCAAUCUACCUCCUCGGCCUCGCAACAGGCCUCUACACCCUUCCCCCUUCACCAACAUUCUUCUCCCUCCACACGCAUUCUCCCUCCGACGCCUCGUCAGCGGAGAAACGCGAGUGGGAGAGAAAGAGGGAGAAGAGUAGGACGAUCAGUAAGCCGGGAAAGUUGGCGGAGUGGAUUGGGAGCGCGGCGGCGAACCUCCCCUACGUCCUCUGGACAGUCGCCUUCAACACCUCCUUCAUCUUUGCCUACCUUAUGAUCCACCUCGCCGUCGCCUCUUCCUCCUCCUCUCCUUCCUCUCCCGCAACCGCCUCAAACCUAGCGAGCAAGAGUCCAGCCAUCUUCCACGCCAUCAACCAGAACGGUCUCGUCGUCUUCCUCGUCGCCAACCUCCUCACGGGCUUGAUCAACGUCCUCCUUCCGACUAUGUACAUGCGCGACUCCAUUGCUGUGGUCGUGCUUGUGGGGUAUGCGGCGGUGGUGGUGGGGGUUGCGUGGGCGUUGAGGGGGAGGAGGGUGAAGGUUUCGUAG